CAAUGCACGGUACUGACAAUUCUGAAGACUUCUGGGAGGACGUUUACGACUCUCCAAUGGCUGAUUUUCUCCGACAAUACGAACAAUGGGCCUGCACGCAGAAUCAAAAUCUCAAUGAACGAGACUCUUUGGAAACAGUCCGCAAGCAAGCUCGAAAAUUGAUUGUCCGAGGACUGGUUGCAAUGACUGGCAAAAGAGACAUCACGAUGAACUACAACAACUACGAGACGGCGAUUAUCGAAACGUAUGCGGUCAAGCUAGUAGGAUGGCCCCAGGGUAUCAAAUUUACCAGUCCCUCAAACAUCGGGACAGUCGGUGAAAUUCGCAAGCUCCGCGAUGCGCUCAAGGACCAAACAUGUUACUGGGCUGCUCUCACUCCAGCCGAAGUCAAGGUUCACAGUGCUGAACUUGAUGCGCGCCGUUCGGCGGGGCAAGUUGUUCGGCAGCCACGCAAGAAGCGCUCCGAUGCUGGAAUCACUCGCAAGCGCAAGGCUCCACCUACCACAGGACAGGCACACAAAGAGAACAGAAGGCCGUCAAAGAAGGUGAAAAAGAAUACUAGUGCCCAGCAUCGUGAGGCCCCUAAAAGUGCGGAGUUCAUUGAGUCGUCUGAUGAGGAAGAGGACGAGGGCGAGUAGUACACCCUGCUACUCUUUUAUGUAUAUUCUGAGGAUCUGUACAUAUCUGAAUGAUUAGUAGCUGUCACUGUAAAAAACGCGCCACCAAUGUGUAAAAACGCGCUGUCAAUAUGCAUGGUUUAAGGAGCUCGUCGUGUACGACGGUGGGCACGAAGGUUCACAUGGCGGGAGCAUGAUAGCCGAAGCCAGGAACAUUAAUGCCGACGUCCCGCUUAGUUACCUAGAACUACUGUUAUUAUAAGUCACUCUUUAUCCAAGAGUUAUUGAAGGAGGCUUGGAAACGCUGGAACUCUGUCGUUUUAGACGUGCUAGCCCUAUCUAUAAUCACGUCUAAUUAGAGGCAAUACGUGGGAGUCACAG